GCGCAACGAUCGAGUUCGGCGAAACAUCAUGUUCAACGUACAGGUUCCUAGCGACGGUGUAGAAAAAAUUGUUAAGUGUAAAUAACCGUGUCUGUUAUGAAUAGGAAUACCGUAGACAGUGACAACGAGAAUGAGGUAGAAUUGUAUUGCGACGAGACGUUAUCAUCAUCCUCCCCAUGCAUGUAUGACAAUUGUGCGAAAACAGAAUACGCCGUAUAUAACAUUGUGGUGAAGGAAGACGCGCGAUGGAAUUUGGCAUGUUAUCAUUUGAGGAGGGAAAUCGGCGCCAAGUGUCUGCGGGAAGAGUUGUGGAUAAAAACAGCGGUAGCGUUCAGUCAUCGAGCUCAGAUGUAUAUGAAUGGAAUACUACCGAACAGAUAUUAUUUUGAUAAGAAAAAAAGCUUAUUCGACAGCGAGUGAAAUUCAGAAUUCCGAAACUAAGCGAGGGACGUUCUUUUUGGAUGAAAAACGAAAAUGAAUAUGGAGGCAAGCGAGUUGUUCGAGAACGCUGUGACUGUUUUUAACGAGGACGAAUAUCACUCGUGGGAGCGUCGAUGUGAGGAGUGUAUUGAAUCGUUGAGGGAAGAGUGUCAAAGGUGUGGGAACCCAACUGGAACGGUCAAUUCUCUUGUUGCUUUGAUUGCGCGUCUAGAGGGAGCGAGGACCGAACUGCGAGGUCGUUUAGUUCAUACUGGUGCAGGUCACAAUGGAUUUACACGGUUGGAGAUUGAGACAGCUUUUCGGAGGCGGGUACUCACAGGUGCGGUAAUCAAUUCCCGCUACAUUGAGCCUAGACGAUUUCUCGAGGACGCUAGAGACAUGGUGAUUGAGAAGGUACGCGAGAAUAUGGAUAGACACGCUUGUGUGAAAAUCAACACAGUGUUCAAUGGGGAAUUCGUUGCGAAUAAAAAGACUGCUGUAAAGAGCAUCACCACGAAAAACCGACAGCUUUGUCCUACCACAGAUCUGUUUGAAUGGUACAACAAGACUGUGAUCGAUACGACUUUGGCUGCAUUGGAGGAGUUUCAGGAGCGUUACAGUGGGUGGGCGUUGUCACGCAUAAUGAAUUUAAUGAUUAAUGUUAACAGAUGUAAUCCUAUGCGUGUUGGAUGUUGGAUUGAUAUGCCGCCAGUGAUAAAGUUGAAGAAAGCGGUCGUGAACGUGAAAUCAAUGGAUAACGCAUGUUUCGCGUGGGCUGUGGUUGCGGCUUUGUAUCCUGCUGAGAAGCAUACCUCGAGAUGCAAUCAGUAUCCCGAUUAUCGAACGGUGUUAAAGCUCGAUGGAAUAGACUUUCCUAUGACCCUGAAACGAAUUUCAAGAUUCGAACGUUUAAACGAUAUGUCCAUCAAUGUGUUUACCAUGAAGGAUGAAAAAAGGAUGGAACGAUCGUUCCUCUGCGUCUCACUGAUCAUAAAAGAGAUAUUCAUAUAAAUUUG